AUGACUGUCGUCAGAGUUGCAGCAUGUCAUGUUUCUCCCAUCUUCCUCUCCGCGAAGGCUACAACCUCAAAAGCAAUUAGCUUAAUCAAGCAGGCGGCAAAGAAAAAAGCAAAUCUAGUCGUGUUCCCGGAAACAUAUAUCUCGGCGUUUCCAAUAUGGAGCUCAAUACGAGCUCCUACCGAGAACCACGAUCUUUUUAGGCAAAUGGCACAUGAGUCCAUCUUUGCCGAUGGCGAUGAAAUUCAUGCCAUUCGAAGCAUCGCCAAACAGGAAAAUAUCAUGGUCAGCGUAGGCUUUUCCGAAAAAGCGCGCUUCAGCAGCGCGACUUUAUACAACUCAAAUGUCUUGAUUGCAGACUCUGGAGAGGUUCUGAUUCAUCAUCGGAAAUUAAUGCCUACGUUCUUUGAGAAGCUUACUUGGGCACCUGGCGAUGGAAACGGCCUGCGCGUUGCAGAUUCACCGUACGGAAAAAUUGGGAAUUUGAUUUGCGGAGAGAAUACCAACCCUUUGGCUCGGUAUAGCCUCAUGGCUCAAGGGGAGAACAUUCAUAUCUCGACUUGGCCACCGAUCUGGCCAACCCGAGUUGCUCCCCCAGGCAAAACUUUAGAAUCUUCUGAGGGGACUUCAGAUAAGCCUAACUACGAUAACGUUACCGCAAACAGAACAAGGGCAGCUGCUCAUUGCUUCGAAGCCAAGUGUUUCGGUGUUCUGUGUUCGGGUGUCCUGGGAGAAGACGCCAUUAACGCGGUUUCUGGAGGUUCAGCAUACUUAACUGAGGUGCUGCAGCAGUCUCAGCGUGGCGCGACUCAAUUUCUUGAUCCUACCGGAGCUCCUUUGAAGGGAUUCACUAUCGACAGUCAGACCGGGGAGGCUGUAGCCACCGACUUUCUGCAGCAUGAUGAAGGAAUUCUUUAUGCUGAUCUUGAUAUCGAGAACUGUAUUGAAGGGAAGCAGUAUCAUGAUGUUGUUGGAGGAUAUCAGCGCUUGGAUGUUUUCGAUCUCAAGGUGAACCGUACUCGAAGGGAGCCAGUUACUUUCACUGAAGACCUUGGCAAGAUUCCAUCUCAAGAUUGGCAACCCGUUGACUAA